UUGUUGGGAAAAGUGCAGCCGUGUCGCACUUUGACGGCCGCCGCAGCUGCUGCCAGCCGGCCUCCAAACUUUUCUGUAACGGCGGCUGUUUGACUGUUGACACGUAACACAGAGACAACUUCUGUAACCGACACAGACCCCCGCGCCCUCCCGCCGCCUCUGGCUCUGCGGUCUUACAGAUGUUUAAGGCCACACUAUAGUCAACAUGAACCAGUUCACGCGUCAGUUCAGGACAAAGUCUGCCGUGUGUUGCCAGGCAGCUGUUCGAUCAGAUUGAUCACAUGUGGGAUAAAGUAGUCCAGACCAGCUGCGUUGGUGAUGCGCUCCUCUGCACGCGUAAACUUUCAGAUGGACUUUAUAACAACAGGUGUGUGUUGCCUCUCACCUGUUGUCUGUCUGUCUGCUCUGCGCUGACACACGCACACCUUUACCUGAUUGGCUGCUGCCGGACAGCCUGUGCAUAUUCAGGGGAGGUCAGAGGAGUCAGAAGGCUGAAGUGGCGGACUUCGGAUCAGUACUACACGCUGACGUCUCCGGAGACGUCUCCUGCUCUGAGCUGUGAUCGUGAGAGGUCGCUGCGUCUCAAUCGUGUUUCAUGCAGGCCGAGGUGGACGAAACGCGCUACGGCUGGUCCCAGUCAGCUGUGGGUGGUGACACCAGCGGGACGUCUCGGUUGUUGGAUUCCCGGAGGAGACGCUCAGGGACACGCCCCCUACCUCGCAGCCCCUCCUCUCUCAGGACAGGUAGAUUUCUUCAGAGGGAGGGACGAAGGACCGGAGGACGAGGAGGAGGAGGAGGAGGAGGAGGAGGAGGAGGAGGAAGGUGGACUUUUAUAACCUCAGAUACUUAAGGUGUUGAAGCGGAGUGAGGUGAGGAGGGUUAGCGCCGCCCCUCACCAUGACAGACUUAGAGACUGAGUGUUUGAGCCUCGGCCUGCCCCCCGAGUGCGGCUCCCCUCCCCCGCCUCUGGACCCCUCCCUGCAGGUGGACUCGGCCCAGACUCUGGCCCUCCUCUCCUCCGACUGCCCCACGGCCACGCUCAGCUCGCUGGCGGCGGAGAUCGCAGAGCCGCUGGUGAUGCUGCCGUGCGUGAAGAGCGAGCCGGAGGACGGGGACCUGGAGCCCAUCCGGACCGUGGACCUGUCGGAGAUCCAGCCGCUGUCCACCGCCGAGCUGGGCCAGGACCAGAUCAAGAUGGAGAUCAGCGGCCUCGACUACAUCAAGUCCGAGCAUCACGGCAACCACCACCUGGGCCACUUCCACCACGCCGACGUCGCAGAGCUGGACUACAAGUCGCACUACGAGCCCAGCUCCGUGUUCGACUACAUCUCACAGGUGACGGACACUCUGGAGUACAUCAAGUCGGACCACCACGUGGACCUGCAGUGUUACUACACCACAGAGUCCAGCACCAUGUCCACCCACCUGCAGCACAACGGCCUGGAGUCCAUCCACAUGGCGGAGCUCCGCACCGAGCUCAACAAGCUGCGGCCCGACGCCCUGCUGAUGGACGGCAUGGGCAAACUGGACCCUGAGUUUGGAGGGGGGGGGCUGUACGAGCUGCAGCCGGCCGAGCAGGGGAAGACGGCGGCGGAGGUGGCGGCGGCGGUGACCGGGCAGGGAGGGGGCCCGGUCAUCUCGACCAAAACCCAGAGCCCGACUGUGAGGAAACCUCGUAACAUGCAGGGGGAGAAACCUUUCUCCUGCACGCAGUGCGGGAAGAACUUCAGCACGCUGGGAAACCUGAAAACCCACCAGCGCAUCCACACCGGGGAGCGGCCGUACACCUGCUCGCAGUGCGGCAAGAGCUUCGGCCAGGCGGGGAACCUCAAACGACACCAGCUGAUCCACACGGGCCAGAAGCCGUACGUGUGCGCCCACUGCCCCAAAGGCUUCACCAAGGCCGACGACCUGCGAUCGCACCAGCGGCUGCACACCGGCGAGCGGCCCUUCAUCUGCCUCACCUGCGGGAAGAGCUUCGGCCAGUCCAAGGAGCUGAAGGCUCACCAGCUGAGCCACACGGGCGAGAGGCCGUUCUGCUGCCAGCACUGCGGCAAGAGCUUCAGCAAGGAGACCAGCUACCGCAACCACGUGCAGAUCCACACGGGCGAGAAACCCUUCACCUGCUCGCAGUGCGGCAAGACUUUCAGCAACUCGGGCGUGUUAAAAACCCACGAGAAGAUCCACUCGGGCGAGCGGCCGUUCGGCUGCACGCAGUGCGGGAAGAGCUUCGGCCGCCUCGGCCACCUGAAGGCUCACCAGCAGAUCCACACGGGGGAGCGGCCGUACGCCUGCCCCCACUGCGCCAAGACUUUCAGCCAGUCGGGUCACCUCAAAGCACACGAGCAGAUCCACAAGCGGGAGCGGGUGGACACGGCCAGCACCAGCAGCAACGGCAGCAGCAGCCUGGGCAGCGACAGUAGCUAAGAUGAACUCCACACCCUUUAACCUCUCGGAAAAACAAAGUAUUAUUCCUCUUUUUUAUAAAUACUAUAUAUAAAGUUUUUUCCUUAUGAAUUUUUCUUACAUUUUCAUACCUUUUGUGCUCUUUUGCAUUAUAUAUAUGUGGGCAGGUGGACUCCGACUGAUUUGCUCUUAUGCAAGUGUCUGUGUGUGUGUGUACAUGUUGUGUACUGUGUGUCUGUGGGUGGGUGUGAAACUGAGGGACUUGUAGAUAAUCUUUGAACUGGUCUCGAGUCUCUCCGGAGGACCAAGUCCCAGUACUUAUUUUGGAGUACUUACUGAUACACAAGCACAGCGACAACGUUUGAGUACUUCAUUUAGUUUUUUACUGAACCAGACCAGCAGCUCCCGGUGAGCCAGAGCCCCGUUCACCGCUAACCGCCGGCCUCUCGCCGCGUUUCACCAGCAGCGUUUCCUGAAGUCCUGCAGAGCGAGGACGCGUGCACGUGGGCUCGGAGACCCUCUAGAGUCAAGAGGCGUAGGGAACUAGGUCUGUAAGCAGUAUUAAUACAACAGGAAUGUUUUAAACUUCACAUCGAAACGGUUUCUCUUCUCUGAUUUCCGUUUACACUUCGUCACAAAUCUGAGCAGAACCCGUCUGUUUUCUCAGCUGCAGGUCGACCCUCCAGUGCAGACGGGGGGGGGGUCCUUUAGAUUUGUGGGUUUCUUUUCUCGACCCAGAAACAUUUUACAUCUUGUCUCUGGUGGACAAACUGCUUCCGACUUCUCAGCCGCCGUAAGCGCCGCCUCUGUAUCUGCCCGUCUGUCUGACAACAACACCAGAAGAAGAACUCAAACUCGGCACUUCAGUUGCAUCAGAGCCGGUUCAGCUAGCGUUAGCUAGCCAAUAACAACAGCCAGCAGUGACGGUCCUUCAGAUAUUGCAGGAGCCGUUCUCUAUCAGGCCAGAUUAAAAAGGAAAAGCGGCAGUAAGCAAAGAUCGUCCCUUUGACAGGACAGCUGAAGCAGGUUGUGAAUCGGCUCGUUGCUAUGGAAACGCUGUUUCUCUCCAGGCGUGGAGUCGGCGCCGUGGUGAACGGGGCCGCGGCUCAGCAGCCAGCCGCGUGUCGGUCCUCGCUGCCAGUUUACUAGUAUUUAACUUCCAGGUGUGGGUACUAGCAGGUGUACGCUCUGUUACUGUAUUAAAGAUCUGAUAUCGUUUUUAUAUUUUUUAUUGACCAGUAUUGAUUGAUCAGAUCACAGUGAUGUUUUUGUUGAUAAUCUGCUGAUGACAUUCCUUGAAAUCACUCAGUAUCGUCCCCCCGUCCAGAUCGCUCACUGUGUACAAAUCUUAUAUUAUGUCAUUCCUAAAAAAAUGAAAAUGAAAAAAACAGCAGACAAAAAGACAAAAGUGAUGCAGCAUCUUGUACUGGAAAAAGAAUUAUUAAAGAAACUAAUGGCACGUCC